UAUGAAUCGCCGGAGUAAACCUCUUUCGCUGUCAAUAAGCUUAGAAAAAUUUAUUAUCUCUGCGAUAAUACACAAUCGUUUCGACUGGACUCCAUAGCCCUAAGCUCUGCUACUACUGAUUUGCAUUUGCCACCUCCGAGUUUAACUUCCACGAUCUUUUAAAUUUCGGAGCUAUGGCGAGAAAGAUGCUUAUUGAUGGUGAGGUGAGCCAACCUAAUGCGGAGGAAAACCACUACGACUUUGACUUGUUUGUCAUUGGAGCUGGAAGUGGUGGCGUCCGUGCGGCUAGAUUUUCUGCUAAUUAUGGAGCCAAGGUUGGGAUUUGUGAGCUUCCAUUUCAUCCAAUCAGCUCAGACGUCGAAGGAGGAAUUGGUGGAACGUGUGUCCUUCGUGGUUGUGUUCCCAAGAAGAUUCUGGUGUAUGCAGCUACUUAUGGUGGUGAACUUGAGGAUUCCAGGAAUUUUGGGUGGGAGCUAAAUGAGAAAAUUGACUUCAACUGGAAGAAACUUUUGCAUAAGAAGACAGAAGAAAUACUCAGGUUAAAUGGAAUUUACAAGCGCUUAUUGACAAAUGCUGGGGUUAAAAUAUUUGAAGGAGCGGGAAAAAUUGUUGGUCCUAAUGAAGUUGAGGUAACACAACUAGAUGGCACUAAAUUGAGCUACACGGCUAAGCACGUAUUGAUUGCAACUGGCAGUAGGGCUCAACGGCCUGAUAUUCCUGGCCAGGAGUUAGCCAUAACCUCUGACGAGGCUUUGAGUUUGGAGGAGUUACCCAAGCGUGCUGUGAUAGUGGGGGGAGGGUACAUUUCUGUCGAAUUCGCUUCAAUAUGGAGGGGGAUGGGUCUGACCGUGGAUCUAUGUUUCAGAAAGGAACUUCCUUUAAGAGGUUUCGAUGAUGAGAUGAGAGCAGUGGUUGCGAGAAAUCUUGAAGGCAGGGGAAUUAAUUUGCACCCAAGGACAUGUUUGACACAGUUGGUUAAAACAGAGGAUGGCAUAAAAGUUACCACAGAUCAAGGGGAAGAGUUGACUGCGGAUGUUGUACUCCUUGCCAUUGGUCGGGCUCCUAAUACAAAGAGGUUGAAUUUGGAAGCUGUAGGCGUGGAACUUGACCAGACAGGAGCUGUGAAGGUCACUAGCUUUCUCAGUUGCUUCUCUUGCUUGUUAUCAUGGAACAUUUUAAUUUUCAUCAGUAGGAAUGUUGUGUUUGAUGAACAUUCCUUCCCUGCUCGAGACUGGAAACCAUCUCUAUUGAAAUCCAUUGCACAAGAGCCUCCUCUGCAGGUUAGUUCAUCACUUUCAAAUGAUGUCAUGUUACCUUUACCCCACAUUGCAUCCACACAAGAUUCUGAAAAUUCUGUCACUGAUGUUCCACAAGACCAUAUCCAUCCCACAUCUCCUUUAGAACCUUUCCAAGCAGAAGAACCAGUGGAUUCCACUGCAUCCUCUCUACCUGAAGUAUCUCAAGCAGAGGGAACAACAGCUUCUGCUACUCCUAAUCCUGAACCCACAACAAUCCCUACUCAUCCUAUGAUCACCAGAUCAAUAGAUGGUUCCAGGAAAGUCAAAACCUUUUCAGAUUACAAGGUUUACACAGCCACCAAACAUCCUCUUAUGGCCUUGCAUACCAGAAGCUCAAACAUUACACUUCCACCUACACCACAUCUCUUCUCUUAG